AUGGGCGAGAAGCAAGAAGCAAGACCGUUUGAGCUCCAGGACGAAAGUCUACUUCAAUAUGACUGCUACAUUCACGGCAAAUGGAUGCCGGCACGCCGCAACGGUCGCUUUGCCGUGAUUGACCCCGGCUCCGGCAAGCCGUGGGCAGAAUGUGCGGAUGCAACCACCGACGAUGUCGAGACGGCGGUCCAUUCAUCCCACGUCGCUUUUGACAGCUACUCAAAGUACACGCCGCGGCAACGGGCCCAGCUGUUGUCAAAGUGGCAUCAACUAAUCGAGUCAUCAAAGGGCGACUUGGCCAGGAUCCUUGUGCAUGAGACAGGAAAGCCGCUCGCGGAAGCACAGGCAGAGGUUGAUUACGGCCUCAGCUUUGUUUGGUGGUUUAUGGGAGAAGCCGAUCGGAUUACCGGAACCACAACGAUAGCUGCCAUAGCUGGAAGGCGAUCUCUGGUCAUCAAACAGCCCAUUGGUGUUGUUGCUGCACUGGUGCCUUGGAAUUUCCCAAUAGCCCUGCUGCUCCGAAAGGCCAGUGCUGCUCUAGCUGCCGGCUGCACCAUGGUUGUAAAACCUUCUCCCGAGACCCCAUUUACCGCCACAGCCCUUGCAUAUCUGGCAAUCAAGGCCGGGUUCCCAGCUGGCGCUCUCAAUGUCAUACCUACGAGUCUGGAAAACACGCCCUCAUUGGCCGAGGCUUUAUGCCUCCAUCCGGCUGUCAAGAAGGUGACAUUCACGGGUUCCACGCGCGUUGGCAAGAUCAUCUCUGGCCUCUGUGCGAGAAACCUGAAGAAGGCAACCUUUGAGCUGGGAGGGAACUGUCCAUUCAUUGUGUUUGAUGAUGCAAACAUUGACCACGCCGUCGAACAGCUCAUGGGUCUCAAGUGGCGUCACGCCGGCCAAGCUUGCAUUACUGCAAACCGUGUCUAUGUGCAAGAUGGAAUCCAUGAUGCCUUUCUAGAGAAGCUCGUCGAGAAAACCAAGGCAUUGAAAUUAGGACACGGAAUGACAGAAGGCACAACCAUGGGACCAGUGACUACAUCACGAGGUCUGGACAAUGCCGAGGAACUGGUCAAGGAUGCCGUAAGUGCUGGCGCCAAGAUCGCAAUUGGUAAUGGUCGCAGACACAAAGUGGAUGACUUCCCAGAGGGAUACUUUAUGGCUCCGACAAUCCUCACCAACAUGGCCGACGACAUGUUCAUGAGCUGCGAGGAGAACUUUGCACCCAUUCUUGGCAUCUAUGUGUUUGAGACGGAAAAGGAGGUCGUCAAGCGUGCAAAUAACACAAGCAUGGGUCUAGCCAGCUACGUGUUCACCAAGGAUGUUGAUCGACUCUGGAGGCUAUUCGAGAACCUCGAGGCUGGUAUGAUAGGACUAAACACUGGCAGCUGCUCUGCGGCCGAGACGCCCUUUGGCGGCAUCAAGGACAGCGGCGCAGGAAAGGAGAGUGGUAAAGAUAUCGCCAUAAAUGAGUUUAUGAUCACGAAAGCAGGAACUUUGACAUUGGAAGGACAAUUUUGA